ACCAAUGAGCGGUUGAGGGUGGGGCCAGGUUGCAGGGGGCUUGUAACUUUUAUUGGAACUUGGAACGUUGAGUCUCAGUCAGUUUCUUGGAUUUGUAAGCGUAGUUCUCGGCCUCUGGGCUACUCACACAUGUGCCCCGGGCCCCGGCGCAGCUGAGCUUUCCCGGUGGCGGCUGCUUGCCGCGUUUUCUCCUUCUUCCUUCCGAACCGCGUCCCCAGAGUCUCCGCCCGCCUCUCCUUCCUCUCUCCAUGGAGCCUUUCCCUUUCCCCAAACGCUCCAGCCUGGCUUCUUCCCCUUCCACGGGGCUCGCCUUGCCCCUGGCAGACGGACUCAUCAAGUCUCCCAAGCCCCUGAUGAAGAAGCAGGCGGUAAAGCGGCACCAUCACAAGCACAAUUUGCGGCACCACUACGAGUUCCUGGAGACCUUGGGCAAAGGGACCUACGGAAAGGUGCAGAAAGCGAGAGAGCGGUCGGGAAGACUGGUGGCCAUCAAGUCCAUCCGGAAAGAUAAAAUCAAAGAUGAGCAGGACCUGCUGCACAUCCGGAGGGAGAUUGAGAUCAUGUCAUCUCUCAACCACCCACAUAUCAUCACCAUCCACGAAGUGUUUGAAAACAGCAACAAGAUUGUCAUUGUCAUGGAGUACGCCAGCCGGGGAGACUUGUACGACUACAUUAGUGAACGGCAGCGUCUCAGUGAGCAAGAAGCCCGGCAUUUCUUCCGACAGAUUGUCUCAGCGGUGUACUACUGCCACAAAAAUGGGAUUGUCCACCGGGAUCUAAAGCUGGAGAAUAUCCUCCUGGAUGCUAAUGACAAUAUCAAGAUUGCAGACUUCGGCCUCUCCAAUCUCUACCAGCAGGACAAGCUCCUGCAGACCUUCUGUGGGAGCCCCCUCUAUGCUUCUCCCGAGAUUGUCAAUGGGAAGCCGUACAUGGGCCCAGAGGUGGACAGCUGGUCUCUGGGUGUUCUCCUCUAUAUCCUGGUUCAUGGCAUGAUGCCUUUUGACGGACAAGAUUACAAGAGCCUUGUGAAACAGAUCAGCAACGGGGAAUACCGAGAGCCCAUCAGACCUUCUGAUGCUUGCGGACUGAUCCGGUGGCUGCUAAUGGUGAACCCCACCCGCAGGGCCACCCUGGAGGAUGUGGCCAGCCAUUGGUGGGUCAACUGGGGCUACGCCACGCCAGUCGGGGAGCAGGAGGCCCUUCAGGAAAGCGGAGCUCCGGGGGGGGACGCGCCCCGGGCCACCGUGGCCGAGUGGCUCCGCCGUUCCUCUCGGCCCCUCUUGGAGAAUGGUGCCAAGGUGUGCAGCUUCUUUAAGCAGCACACGACGAGCGGGAGUGGGCUGGAGCGCCAGCACUCGCUCAAGAAAUCCCGCAAGGAGAACGAUAUGGCUCAGUCUCUCCAGGGCGGGGCGGGGGCAGAGCCCUCCCCUGGCCCGGGCAAGGGCAUUCUCAAGCUGCCCAAGGGCAUCCUCAAGAAGAAGGCGGCUUCUCCGGCGGAGGGACAGAGGGAGGGCUUGGGGGAGCCCGCCCCAGAGCCCACCGUGGCCCCCAUCAGUCCCAGGCACGCUGCCCCGGCGCUCCCCAAGAAGGGCAUUCUCAAGAAACCUCGGCAGAGGGAGUCGGGCUACUACUCCUCCCCCGAGCCGAGUGAUUCAGGGGACCUUUUGGAUGCGGGCGACGUGUUUGUGAACAGCUUCCCCAGUGUCAGGGAGCCCUCGAGGCCCCCGCAGCUUCCCCUCCACCGCAAGGGCAUCCUCAAGCACAAUGGCAAGUUCUCGGGGGCCUCGCAGGAGCUCGCCGUCUUCGGGUCCCUGGACGAGCUGGCCCCGGCCCUCUCCUCCGCUCGGGCCGCCCGCCCCUCGGGGGCUGUGAGCGAGGACAGCAUUCUGUCCACAGAGUCCUUUGACCAGCUGGACCUGCCGGAACGCUUGCCCAACCCUAAGCUGCCCCUGCGCGGCUGCGUGUCGGUGGACAACCUGGUGGGCCUGGACGAGCCGGGGCCCCGGAGCUCCGGCUCAGGGCUCAGGAGGUGGAGGCAGGAUCCCCUCGCCGACAGCUGCUUCUCCCUGACGGACUGUCAGGAGGUGACUGAGACAUACCGGCGGGCGCUGGCUGUUGGCAUGAAGCUCAGCUGAGGGUGGGAAGGCAGCGGUUCCUCCCUGUCCUUUGUGUCUGUUAAAGAAGGCUCAAACACUUGGCCAUCCCUCUGCCUCGGAAGACACUGCCUUGUAGGCUGAAGAGAACUGGACUUAAAGCCCUGAGGAGGGGAGGGAAAACCCCAUGCCUCGGCCACACCAGUAGAAAGGGGAGGGGUGAACAAGUGGCCAAAGAUGUCUGAAUGGACAAUCUGCAAGUGGCCAACUCCUGAUACGCCAAGAAACCAGACAACUGCAUCCGCCUCUCGCUCCAGGACGAGGGGAGGUGUUGAGUCAGCUUGGAAGACUUCCAGAGUCUAGUUUUCAGAAGAAACAGAUUCUUUCUCAAGCCUGAACUCCAAAAUGGACAUAAGGUGCCCAUUGUGGUGCCUUUGUGACUUUUACAGUGUCAUGGCGGGGGUGUCUCUGGCACCUCCCUGAACGAGGGGGGGGUCCACUCAGUAGUUCGAGAACUACAUAUCUCUUCCCCCUUUCCCUGUUGCCUAAGCCCGUAUCAGGCUUUUCCCUCAGAGCCACUGAGGGAAGCUGCUAUAAAUCCACAGGACUUGAAAAAGGGCCCUUUGCUGCUGCACAAAUACAAUGGUCAUCUCAGUGGGGGCCCUGGCUCCUGGAUCUUUGAACCUCAAAUGAGGAAGGCUACCAGUCCUCCUUAUUCUUUCCCCAAUUCCCCACCCCAUAUCUGACCUCUUCUCUAAUGGGUGGGUGGAUGGAUCACAGUCCUGGGGUCUUUUUGUCUUGAAAAGAGAAGUUUUCUAUUUAUUUGUAUUUUCUCAAGUGAUGUGUUAUUUUUUGAAAAAUAAACUUAUUGUUUUCAAUAAUAUGAAUGGGUUGAAUCCUCCCAAAA